CGAAAACGGGUUUCCCACUCCUUUGCUGUACCCUUGUGGUUACCUAAUGUCACACAAUAUGAAUUGCUUUUUGUUCCGUUCUCCGACUUGCAAAGAAAAUCUUCAAAAUCUUCAAAAUCUUCAAAAUCUUCAAAAUCUUCUCACUCGCAAACUCUACCAUUACUGGCAUUGAUGACGUCUUUUGGGCGCCCGCAUCAACGAUCAAUCAGUCAAUCAUAAAAUGGCAACUUCAAUAGAAGUCAGUAAUUCCCAGUUUCGUUCACCAAGAUUCGGUCAGUAAUUAGAUCUCUGGUGACUUGCAGAAGUUACCCCUCAAUCCCGAUGAGAAGCAAGUGACUGAAUACUACAAGAAAGAACGCAGCAACAACCUGAGAACCCAUUUGCAUCUCUCAUACCCGAUCAAACAAUUGCGAUCAUCCCAUCCUUCACAUUAGAGUCUGGCGAAACUUUACAAAAUGUUCCCCUGGCAUACAGCACCCGAGGAAAACUAUCACCCAACCGCGAUAAUGCUAUGGUCAUUUGUCAUGCCUUGACCGGCAGUGCAGACGUCAGCGAUUGGUGGGGACCUCUUCUAGGCGGACCUGGUAGAGCUUUUGAUAUAUCUAGAUUUUUUGUGAUAUGCAUGAAUAGUCUAGGAAGCCCUUACGGGAGUGCAAGUCCAGUCACUUGUAAGAAUGGAGACCCGAAAAAUGAGAUAUAUGGCCCCGAAUUCCCUCUGACAACUAUCCGAGAUGAUGUCAAGUAAGUGGUUAACUAUCUAGCAGCCUGGCACAAGACUGACUUCUUUCAGCAUUCACAAACUUCUUUUAGAUGACUUAGGAGUUCGGCAAGUAGCCGUGGUCAUUGGCGGAUCUAUGGGAGGCAUGUUGGUACUAGAAUGGGCAUACUUUGGCAAGGAAUAUGUUCGAGCUAUUGUUCCAAUUGCAACAUCCAGCAGGCAUAGUGCUUGGGGUAUCAGUUGGGGAGAAGCACAAAGACAAAGCAUUUAUGCGGACCCGAAAUACGAUGACGGCUAUUACCCGUUCUCCGAUCCUCCAACAGCAGGUCUUGGUGCGGCACGCAUGUCUGCAUUACUUACUUAUAGAAGUCGGAACUCAUUCGAGGCAAGGUUUGGACGAAACAUACCCGACGCUUCGAAGAGACAGACGAUCAGCGAAAAUCAACAACCCACUACAGCAUCGGAUAUACACCGAGCAAUUCACAAUGAUGGACACAGGCAGACCAGAUCACCAAUUUCUUCGAGGCCUGGGAGCUCCGCUGCAAUUUCAACUAUGGCUAGCGAAAACAUAACGGCAAAUGGCGGUAAUCCUGCAAACUUUACCGAUCCUCAAUUCCAUGGCGCAACUCCUUCCUCAUCCCCGCCACCGAAGCGCGCCAGCCCCAAGCACAAAUCAACCUCUCAUUACUUCUCUGCACAAUCGUAUCUUCGUUACCAGGGUGAAAAGUUUGUUAAACGUUUUGAUGGAAAUUGUUACAUUGCCAUAACCCGCAAACUCGACACUCAUGAUGUCUCUAGAUAUCGAGUGCCAGUAGAUUCGGAAAAUCCUAUCGCUGAAGCUCUUUCACAGAUCGAACAACCAACCUUGGUGCUUGGCAUUGAGAGCGAUGGACUCUUCACAUUUGAUGAACAAAAAGAGAUUGCAGCCUCGGUGCCACAUGCACGUCUGAAGAAGAUUGAAUCCCCUGAAGGUCAUGAUGCGUUCUUGCUACAGUUUGAACAGGUCAACCAGCACAUCUUAGAAUUCUUGAAUGAAGUGUUACCUGAUAUUAUGGGAGCCCCUGGAAUUGAAAAUAUGGAAGCUGAAAGUGGAGUAGGUGCUAUCACCAAAAGCAGCACCUUUGGAGAGGCAGAAGUGGAUGACAUUACAGCAUGGUAGAUGGAGUAUCGCUGAAAACGUAUACAAUGUUUACAGGCUAUUGCUGAUGUGGUACAUCUCCAUGCAAAGAUGCGUACUCAAUGGUCAGUCUUACCUCUUGUUCACGCAGCAUUUAACCUUCCUUUGACAUUAUGUGAUGAAAUAUUUCGGAUGUUAAAACAUUAUGUCCCCGAGAGCGCAAAACCGUGUGGAGAUUUUCCGUUGCCUUCCUUCUGAUUGUCUGUUUUACUCCGUGUUGAUUCAAAUUUCAAUUGGAGUGGUGCAAUCUGGCUGACCACAUAACAGUGCUUGAAGUUGCGACUGAGUUUUGUAUAUUGAACUUGGAAGCCAAAACCUACCUUAACUGUCGAUCGAGCAUUAUCAUAUGAUUCCUACAACACAUAGGGUUGCUUUCGUGAAAUAGCAAAUAUAAUGGAAUGAUUUAGCAAGCUUUUGGCGUUGAGAUGGCAUGCCGAAGUAAUUGCAGAGGUUGCGGAGAGACAGCAAAUAAUAAGCCAAGGUAAUGCAAUAAUGCGACACCGGAGGACAGUUAUGUAGGUUGUUGUAUGUGUAUAAUCUGA